GCCUUUAAGGGCGGCUGGGCCCGAUCCCCGGCAGCCGGGAGCAGAGCGCAGCGGGCCGGGCCUGGUCUGGUGGCGGAUCCGGGCGAGAGGGCGUUUACCCCGGACAGGCGGAGGGAGGAGGAGGAGGAGGAGGCGGAGGAGGAGGAGGAGAAGGAGGAGAGGCCGGGCCCGGAGCAGCAGCAGGCAGGAAUGGAGAAGAGGAGGCGGCGGCGAAGCAAGCGAAGGACGCGGGCCGCGCUGUAAACAGGGGCCGGAGCUGGGCCGCCGGACUCUCUUUCCGCUGCAGCCCCAAAGAGGAGGAGGAGGAGGAGGAGGAGGAGGAAGAGGAGGAGGCGGAGGCCCGAAGGCCAGGAGCAGGUUGUAGUUCCAGCUCAAUGCUGAAGAGGAAAUAAAAGGUGCCCCUCACAGUUGCUGCUCUGCUUUCCCUGUGGGGAUCCAUGUCGCCUCAUCACACCCAGUUCCCAGUGGCCUUUCAGCAUGUCCUGGUUUAGUGGCAUCCUGGUGCCCAAAGUGGACGAGCGGAAGACUGCUUGGGGGGAAAGGAAUGGGCCCAAGCGCCAUCGCCCAGCGCUCUGUGGCCCGCGCUACAUGAGCUGCUUGCAGGACCCGGAGCUGGAGCGAGGAGGCAGUGGGGGACUUGGGCUCAAUUGUUCAUGGCAGGAGGACCACUAUGGCAAGAAGCAGCCACUGUCACCGCCACCACCUGCCAGCGGGGCAGGGGACUUGGGGCUCAAAGCUGUGGACUUGGGCUUUGAGGACAGCGGGGGAGCCGCGGCAGAGUCCAAGGGGUUUUCGGCCAGGGACUGCGGCCGGCGCCUCCUGCACGUGUUCCGAUCCAAGCGUUUCCAGUCGGCCAAGCUGGAGCGCCUCUACCAGCGCUACUUCUUCCAGAUGAACCAGAGCUCAUUGACUGUGCUCAUGGGAGUCUUGGUGCUGGCUUGUGGCAUCAUGCUGGUAUUCCACUGUGUGCCUGGCAGUCCUCGCGUGCCGUAUGCUGCCGCCCUGGCCGUGGCGGCCGCCCUCUUCCUCUCCCUCAUGUUCCUGUGCAACCGGACCAGCUUCCAUCAGGACUGCAUGUGGGCUGUGAGCUACCUAGUCAUUGGGGCACUGUGUGGGGUGCAGGCUCUGGGCACCCUUCUGGUCUCACCGCGGAGUGCCUCCGAAGGGGUCUGGUGGAGCGUCUUCUUCAUCUAUAUCAUCUAUACACUCCUGCCCGUGCGCAUGCGGGUGGCUGUGCUGGCUGGAGCCUUGCUCUCUGUGCUUCACCUGGUCAUCUCUUGGCAUCUAAACAAGACAGACUCCUUUCUUUGGAAACAGCUUGGUGCCAACAGUUUGAUCUUUCUCUGCACCAAUGUCAUCGGCAUCUGCACUCACUACCCAGCUGAAGUGUCUCAGCGCCAAGCCUUUCAAGAGACCCGUGGCUACAUUCAAGCUCGGCUACAUCUCCAACGAGAAAACCGGCAGCAGGAGCGACUCCUGCUCUCAGUGCUGCCUCAGCAUGUUGCAAUGGAGAUGAAAGAGGACAUCAACACCAAGAAGGAAGACAUGAUGUUCCACAAAAUCUACAUCCAGAAACAUGACAAUGUCAGCAUUUUGUUUGCUGACAUUGAGGGAUUCACGAGCCUGGCCUCGCAGUGCACGGCACAAGAAUUGGUCAUGACACUGAAUGAGCUUUUUGCCCGUUUCGACAAGUUGGCUGCGGAGAAUCAUUGCCUGCGCAUCAAGAUCCUCGGGGAUUGCUACUAUUGUGUCUCAGGGCUGCCGGAGCCACGGGCAGAUCAUGCCCACUGCUGCGUGGAGAUGGGCGUGGACAUGAUUGAGGCCAUUUCGUUGGUGCGUGAGGUGACCGGGGUGAAUGUGAACAUGCGUGUUGGGAUCCACAGCGGGCGUGUGCACUGUGGAGUGCUGGGACUGCGCAAGUGGCAGUUUGAUGUCUGGUCCAAUGACGUCACCUUGGCCAACCAAAUGGAGGCUGGUGGCAAAGCUGGGCGGAUCCACAUUACCCAGGCAACACUGCAGUACCUGAACGAGGACUACGAAGUGGAACCAGGGCACGGGGGCGAACGCAAUGCCUACCUCAAGGAGCAUAACAUUGAAACCUUCUUCAUUGUGGGCUGCAGCCAGAAACGAAAAGAGGAGAAAGCCAUCUUAGCCAAGCUGCAAAGGGCUCAGGCCAAUUCCACUGAGGGGCUGGUGCCUCGCUGGGUCCCUGAACGCUCGUUCCCUCGGACCAAGGACUCCAAGGCCUUCCGGCAGAUGGGUAUUGAUGAUGCCAGUAAGGACAAUCGAAGCACCCAGGAAGCCUUAAACCCUGAAGAUGAGGUAGAUGAGUUUCUGGGCCGUGCCAUUGAUGCCCGAAGCAUUGACCAGUUGCGCAAGGAUCAUGUUAAGCGCUUUCUUCUAACUUUCCAGAAACCUGAGUUGGAGAGAAAGUAUUCCAAAAAGGUAGAUACCCGUUUUGGGGGCUAUGUGGCUUGCACCGUGCUGGUCUUCUGCUUCAUAUGCUGUAUCCAGAUUGUCAUUUUCCCUCACUCCGGCCUGAUGCUUGGUGCCUACGUCAGCAUCUUCAGCAUCCUGAUCACCAUCCUUUUUGUCUGUGCCAUCUACUCUUGUCUUGGGCCCUUUCCAGCCACUUUGCAGCGUGUUUCCCGGAAGAUCAUCCAGUCACGGAUUAACAGCACAAUCACAGGUGUCACUGCCAUCCUGCUUGUGUUCAUCUCAGCUUUCAUCAACAUGUUUGCUUGCAGUCGGCUCCGACUCCAAGACUGUGUUGCUGGAUUUCUCAACAUGACUCCUUCUCAUGUGGAGCCCUGCCACCUCCAUGCCCUCAACUAUUCAUUGGCAUCAGAUACUUUGCCCUGCCAGGAAAACGGUGCUUCUAACUGCAGCUUCCCUGAGUACUUCACAUACUCAGUGCUGCUGAGUCUGCUGGCCUCCUCCGUAUUCCUGCACAUCAGUAGCCUUGGAAAGCUGGCUCUGCUGGUGGGGAUGGAAGUUGUGUACCUGGCCGUGGCUGAAGGUCCCCAGAGAGUGCUGUUUGACAACUAUGACUUGCUGGUGGUUGCAAACGCCUUCAGUCCAGCAUUCAAUGAAACACACAGUACUCAAAACUGUCUCGCAGAGGGCAAAGUGGCCUUGCAGUACAUGACUCCUGUCAUCCUCCUGCUUUUUGCACUGGCGCUCUAUCUGCAUUCCCAGCAGGUGGAGUCCACAGCCCGUCUAGACUUCCUCUGGAAACAACAGGCUACAGGUGAGAAAGAAGAGAUGGAAGAAUUGCAGGCCUACAACCGCCGGCUGCUGCACAACAUCCUGCCCAAAGACGUGGCCGCCCACUUCUUGGCCCGCGAGCGUCUCAAUGAUGAACUGUACCACCAGUCCUGCGAAUGCGUGGCUGUCAUGUUUGCCUCCAUCAGCAACUUCUCCGAGUUCUACGUUGAGCUGGAAGCCAACAACGAGGGCGUUGAAUGUUUGCGGCUGCUCAAUGAAAUUAUUGCCGACUUCGAUGAGAUCAUUAGUGAUGAACCUUUCAAGCAGCUGGAGAAGAUCAAGACAAUUGGCAGCACCUAUAUGGCAGCUUCAGGACUGAAUGACAGCACCUAUGACCGUGAAGGGCGCUCCCAUAUCACAGCGCUGGCCGACUAUGCGAUGCGGCUCAUGGAGCAGAUGAAAUACAUCAAUGAGCACUCUUUCAACAACUUCCAGAUGAAAAUUGGACUAAACAUUGGGCCAGUUGUGGCAGGAGUGAUUGGAGCCCGAAAACCACAGUACGACAUCUGGGGUAACACCGUGAACGUCUCCAGCCGUAUGGAUAGCACUGGUGUCCCUGACCGCAUUCAGGUGACAACUGACCUCUAUCAGGUAUUGGCAGCCAAAGGUUACCAGCUGGAGUUUCGAGGAGUUGUCAAAGUCAAGGGCAAAGGCGAGAUGACCACCUAUUUCCUGAAUGGUGGCCCCACCAGUUAGCCUUUGCUACCAAGGGACGUAUUAAGCUGGUCUUAGGCAGUGUGGGGUCAAUUGGUUCGUUCUCUUUUUCUUUCUCUUUCUCUGUUUGCUCUGGAUUUCAGACAUACCCUCCUAAAAUGCUGAGGGGGAAAAGAAGGCACCCUACAACCUCCAAAGUAGAUUUUGCCUGUGGUUUUGGAAAGAGAGGAGCUGUCAGGGGUCACUUUACCCCCUAAGAGACUUAUUUUUUUAUUUAUUGGGAGCAAAAGCCUACCUUGCAGCAUCCCCUUUUGGGCCCUGUGUGGGCGCCGUUUUGGAAGUAAGGGAAAGAAAUCCAUUGCUGCAAACCUUCUGCUUCUCCUGGGAUGAACUGAAGAACCUGGCAACGGGAAAAUGCAGCAGGACUUUUUAAGACCUUGCCUGCUCAUAUUUGUGGAUCCAGAAAGCUGAUGUUUGGUUUUAUUGUUUGUAUGGGGGUGGGGGAGGGUCGUAUCCUUCUCCCAUUCUCUUGGCCAGCAUUGCCUGGAUGUUUUUGCAAGGUGCCCUUGGCCCAGACUUUCAGAAAGAGACGCAGCGCAGUCCUGGCGGGGAAGCGGCUUGCCUCCCACCCAACACCUUUCGAUUGUUGUGUCCCUCUCUUCAGAAGAGCCACUCUGCCUCUGAUUCUUUGUUUCUCUCUUUGACACGUACGCACAUUCACUGUGACAUUUGGGAAUGUGCCUCUUCUUUUGUAGCAGGGGUCGUUGUUCCUGGGGGUACAGUUCUCAUUUGCCAAAUUACUUUGUCUGGCUGGAAUUGAAGGACCUAUGGUGACGAACACUGGGAGCGUACCCCCAAAAAAGGGGGCCUUUGGAUGGCAUUGGUGGUUUUGAUGCCAAAGAGUAGGCAGGGAGUGGGCUUUGUUCCCUCCACUUCCCCUGCCGUAUCUUCUCCCGUACUCACAUUGGAAGAGUUACUGCUUUGGGCUACAAGUCCCCAAAUUCCCCACAACCAGCAUACUUGGGGAUAUGUAGUCCAAAACAGUAACCUUCUCUUUCUCUCCAUGGCAAAGGGAAAGAGCUGUGCCCACACCAUGGAGAGACAACUUGCCUUAGUUUUGUGACAUUAGGGGAGUGUGGUUUUGUCUGUAUCCCCCUUUUCCCACCUUCUUUCUCGUCAUGAGAGCCCAGCAAGAAAGGAAUUAGGUGUUCUUUCAUAGGUGCUCUCUCCUGAAAAUGGAAGUUGGAGUAAGCUCCUUCCUUUCAUUAUGGUCCUUUUGUUACUAUGUGCCAAGUCUCCUUCCUCUGCCCACAAGAUUUCUCUCCUUGGCCUUCACCUCAAAUGGUUUGCCCUUCUGGACUUAGUUUCUUUCAGGGUGGAAGGAGAUGGGGUCAGGGAGGGGAAAUCCUCCAUUUUUAAAAUAUAUGUUUACAAACACCAUUUGUUCCAGAACAGUUCUUGUACUCUCCCCCCCCCCCCCGCCCCCCCCCCC